CAUGUUUGGCCUCUCUCUCUCUCUCUCUCUCUCUCUCUCUCUCUCUAUAUAUAUAUAUAUAUAUAGAUCCACCUGUUGAUUCCUCUUAUUUUUUCUGGACACAAACUUCCUUACCCAAAGAACGAAGAAAGGGAAAAAAAUGGUGUUCUCAGUAAGGCUUACUGCCUUUCUACUUGUAUUCUCUUUGGUUCUACUUAUAAGAAAUUCCUUUGCACUAACCCUGCAGCAAGUUAGGAAGGAUUUGGAUCGAAAUGUUGGCCUUGAAGUAGCAGGAAGGAACUCGGCUAAUAUUGCAAAGGAAGCUUAUGAUCAUGGAGUUCCUGUUGCCACGGCUGAAGAUGGAAACAUGAGGCUUGAAGGAAGAAAAAUGAUGUCAAAAGGUUCUAAUUUGGUGAAAAAGGCUGUGAAAGCAGGCAAAUUGGACGCCGAAGAAACAAAGAUUUCAGGUGCAGCUCAUUCUGUUGGAAACUGUAAUGAUAGAGAGAAAGAAAAUCUGAAUAUCAUAAGAUGUAACUUGAUAAGAAACAGAAGCAGUCUCCAUCAUCCUGUAAAGGUCAAAAAGGAUGGUUUUACAGCUUUUAGUGCUGACUACAGUAUCCCAAAAUCCCACCCACCUAAGAACAACUAAGGAAGGAAAUUCAUUUCUCCCCUCUUGUCCUUUGAGAGAUGGUCCUCUCAACAAUUUUGCCCUCCUUCCCUUUUUUGUAGCAGUGAAUACAUCGGCGCAGGAUAUCAUUAUCAAACUUGUAUUUAAGGAAUAGAAAUUCAAUGUUCAAGAGAAUUUCAUUUUCUAUUUUGCAAUUUGGUUGUCCAUUGUGCAUAUGUCCAAGAAUAUUGGGGAAAACCAUGAAUUUGUUUCUUCUUUUUCUGUGUUUCGGUUUGAAUAAUUCAAUGUUCUGAUA